UAAACAAAAUUUCAAGAGCUAUGCUUGGAAGUAGAGUUCAUACUUCUUGUCUGUUUUUUGAACAACUAGGUCAAAAUUACGUAUUCAGUUUUUAUUAUGUUCGAACUGUGAGACCAUUGUUAUACCGGCAAAGUUAACCAAUAUGUUGGUGACGAGUACGAUGUAUUUCCUUUCUUUCUCCCUAGACAUUGUCAAUAGAGCCAUAUCAACAACAAUGGAUAGAAAGGCUAUGCGUAUGUUAAUCGCUAUGCAAACCGAGGCCAAUACUCAAGAGCAAAAAGACCAAGAGAGCAAAGAAAUCAGGGAAAAGCUUUUCGAAAUGCAGAGAUACAAAGAUUCACUCAGAGUAGGCACCUAUCUGAGUAGGCCAGAGCAAGUUGAUACGAUUGAAAUAGUGAAAAAAAUGGUACAAGAAAACAAAAAAGUCUUCAUACCAAAGCAAAUAACUAAUGACGAUAUAGAUAUGGUGCUGUAUGAUGGAAAGACCGAUUUAAACGAGCUCCAUCUGAACACUAGCGCAUUUAAACCGCCGGACGUAUGUGAUCCACAGCAAAGUGCCCUGGAAACUGCCCAGUCUGGUAGAAUAUCAACAGAAAGGCUGAGAAUUAUGGCCGAGUUGGAUUGCAAGUUGGAAAAAAUGAGUAAAGUGGAAAAGUUUUUUGAAAAUCAAUCUAUUCGGAAACAGUUCUUUGAACUACCACAGUAUCCAGCAGCAGACAGAAUAGGAAUUUAUUUGAGCAGACCGGACCAGCCGGACACGAUCGAGAUUUUCAAGGAAAUGUUGAAGGAUGGAAAACACGUAUUCAUUCCUUGGGUCACUACAGAGAGAGACUUGGAACUUGUGUCAACUAGAGGUUUAUCAGAUUUGGAUUUACCGCUGAACAGAUAUGGAUUCAGGCAACCAAAUAGAACUAUGGAUCAACAGGAAGCCAUCAAAACAGGUGGUCUUGACAUCAUAGUGAUCCCGGGAAAGGCAUUCACGAAAAGUGGCCAAAGAAUGGGAACCUGGCAGGGAUGGUACUAUCCUUACGUGAGGACACUCAAGGUGUACAAGAGGAAUUUGACAGUCGUCGCUUUCGCAUGGAGACAUCAAAUUGUUGAUUUUAUUCCCGAUUUCAGUCAUCCGGAAAUCAAAGUUGACGCGCUUUUGUAUUACCAUAAGAAAGAAUAAAUGAGAAAAUUGUAUUGAAAAAUAUGCAU